UCCCCGCCCGGCCCCGGGCUCGCGGCUGGCGAGAGGAGCCGACUCUCUCCGUCCUCCGGCGGCAGCAGCCAUGGGGAGCGGGCGCGUCCCGGCGGCGGGGGCCGUGCUGGUGGCACUGGUGGCGCUGGGAGCCCGGGCGGCCGCCGGCACGAGGCCGUCGGCGUUCUUCCUGCAAGCUUCAAUAGGUGACUGCCACUUCCUGAACGGCUCCGAGAGGGUGAGGUUGGUGCAGAGGUACAUCUACAACCGGCAGCAGUACACGCACUACGACAGCGACGUGGGGAAAUUUGUGGCCGAUACAGCCCUGGGUGAGCGUCAGGCUGAGCACUACAACAGCAACACCGAGUAUAUGGAGUACUUACAGGGUGCAGUGGACACGUUCUGCCGGCACAACUACGGGGUGUUGGAGUCCUUCACGGUGCAGAGGAGAGUGGAGCCCAAGGUGAGGGUGUCGGCGCUGCAGUCGGGCUCCGCGCCGCAAGCCGACCGGCUGGCGUGCUACGGGACGGGGCGCGGAGCCCCUCGCUGGGUGGUUUUCCUUCUUUAA